AUGGCAAAUGAGAAUUUACACGAAAUCAGCAGCUUAGAAUUUAGUUUAGAAGAUGCAAAUGAGCAAAUUUCUCGAACGAGCAUUCUUCAGAGUUCUAUUUUAUCAUCACCUCGACAAUUGGCGCAGAAGCCUUUAUUUUCGUCGACAUUGCCGGUUACCUUUUCAUCGAGAUCUCAAGACAUUAAAAAAUCUCUCGAUACAACAAAAACUCUUGGUUCGCCUCAAGUCAGCGAUCUUCCGAAUAUUCAGGAGGAAAAUAUUGAUUAUUAUGGGAAAAAUUUUGAAAUAUCUGAAUCUCCAGUGAAAUUUAGGCCGACAACUAGCCCACCUCUUAUUCCAUAUACAUAUUCACCUCAGCAUACCUUGGAUAAUGCUGGACAAAUUUUAUCAAAUCUCGUGAAAGGAAAAAAUCUUGGUCGCAAUUUUUCUACAGGCAAUUCCAGUAAGCUCAAUCAGAUGAUCGAUAGUGUUCAAAACAUUACUGCGCUCAGUGCAUCUGCAAUACGAUUUAACAGUUCUGCAUCGAUGUAUUCGACAAACUUACCUUUUCCUGCCGAACUCAUCUCUACAGACUUUGAUUUUGAAAUAACUCCAGCCCAGUUCCUGACAACAGUAAUAAAUGUUUCAUUUUCGACUAAAUUCGUACCAAGUCAAAACAAAUUCACAGAUGGUUUAUCAUCUGCUUCAUCUCUUCUAAAUAUAACAACAGAUCCACCUGUCAAUCAAUUGGUAACGAAUUUCUCAGCAACAGUGACUAGUGCAACUGAAUCAUCUCUCGAUAGGACAACAGCAGUUUUAGCUUUCAAUUCCUCAUCGACAAUCAAAAAUCUCUAUAAACCUUCGUUUCUUGCAACAACGGUAGGCACUGAAAAGAUUGAACAGAAACAUGGAAUUAAAUUGCCCGAAUGUGCGCCACUGCGAAUAGGGGAAUACUGUAAUACACAAGCAGGUCCACUUAAAAGCUCAAAAGUGCGACGUGGCUCAACAAUGAAAGCAUUCAAUAUUGAUGGAUUCGAAUCAUAUUUGAAACCCAUACUGAAUUCGUUAAAUAUAAAAAUUCACAAGAAUUCUUCAUUUGAAGGAGUAGUUGACAUAAUGGCAUUGGCAGUAAACGGUACAUCUGUUAUCAAUGUGCACUGUGAUUCUACUAUAUAUAACUGUAGCAUGUCGAAUAUUCAAGUAGCCAAAUGUAUCAACGGAAAUAUAAUAUGCAGCAAAUCAUUCAUCUACGAUGUGCAGUAUGAUCUAUUAUCUGUUGACCUUUCUGAGAAUUUGAUUUCUGGUGAUAUAAUAACGUUAAAAAUCUCAUUUUUUGGCAGAGAUCGGCCAUCUGCUGCAUUUAUUGUACGAAGUCCACAUAAGUGGGAGGCUAAACGAUCGAAUACAGCAAUAUUGUCGUCAAAACAAUCGAGUAAUAUGGUGAUUACUUGUUUCGAAAAAACUCCACCAUUAGCUGUAAAUCAAGUCGCUUUUGUUAUUUUUGAGCCAAUGUAUUCUAUGAAACAGUCGAUCAAUCGAAAGCUUGGACCAUUUGAAUUGGAAAUACUACAUUCUGAAGACGACAAGAAUCUCAAAUUAGAUUGGCUAAAAGAAGAAACAUUAAAUGCUGUGGAUUUUCUGUCGAACUUUUCUGAUUAUGAAUUUCCGCUGAACAAAUUAACUUUAUUGACAACUGCACUUCCAAUGAAUGGUAUUGGUAGCCUUGGGUUAAUAAUUCUUAACGAACAAUUUAUUGCUUAUCCGAAGUAUUAUUUAACACAUUCGACACUCGCACAGCAGGAAGGUUUGUGCAAUUAUCUUUCUUGGUUAAUUAUUGGAACAAUUGAUAUAACGACGGAUUUCGAUUUACAAGAGAAGCGUUACGGAGCAAUUGAACAUGAAAGCGAUUCGAACAUUUCGUUAAUAAACAAUCAGAAAUCAGAAGAGAUUAUUAAAAAACCAUGCAUACGACUAUGCAAAUUCUUCACAGAUUAUUUUUAUAAGGCCUUUGUACCCGUUGUCGCUGUUUCAUAUAUGCCUGAAGGCAUGCAUUUGUCACAGACCGUCACCAUAAAUCGAAAACCCAUCAAUGAACCACCUACAGUCAUACCAUUGGAAAUAUCUUACGCAGAUUCUUCAGAUCGCAUAGUAGCGAUACUAAGUAAAUCCAAUCAGAUGUUUGCAGUCAAACAGCAAAACCAAUUUUUGGUUGAUCCUGACGGGAAGUCAUUUGCUAUUAUUAUUUACAAGGCGCAAACUUAUAUUCAAUUACUUCAAUGUGCAAAGUAUCAAUCUUGCAAGUCGAUUGAUGCGAAGAAAAUGAAACGAAUUGUAGGCGAUUUUUGUUGGGCAUUUCUCGCAAAUCUUGUUCAAAAUUCUAACGACAGUUUCUUAUGGGUAAAAUUUUUACGAUCUCUUUCGAAAACGACAUAUGCGAAUUUUGCAUGCAAUUGUUGCGUCGAUAUUGAUAAUAUACGACCAGAUUCCAUUUAUUGCAAAUGGCAGAGGAAAGAUGUUUGUGAAAAAAUUGAUUUAAUUAAACAAAUUAAAAGAUCCAUCUAA